AUGGUCAGCAAGGAGUCUGGCACAUGUGUGCUCACAGCUUCCGAGAGUGAAGUGGAGCCGGCCGCCUCACUGGCCCUGGAGAUGAAAUACGCCCUGGACCCCAACCGGCAGAUUAAGAAGAGGAACAAGGCGCUACAGGUGCGGUUUAAGGAUAUCUGCGAGGCACAGAAUGAGCAGAGGGACACACAGCUCUCGAUGGGUCAGCCUGGCGAGCAGCGCGAGGCCAAGCCCGUCUCACACAAAGCAGCCUAUCGCAAGUACAUGACUGUGCCCGCGCGCAGGUCCAUCCCCAACGUCACCAGGAGCACGGGCGUACAGACCUCCCCGGACCUCAAGAAGUGCUACCAGACCUUCCCCCUGGACCGCAAGAAGGGGGCUCUGAAGAACUUCCCUGCUGUGGACCCCUUUAAAAGUCAGAACAAUGGGUCUCUCGUGGACGUCAAGGAGAAAGGCGAGGGGAAGGCCCCCGGGGAGGCCGGGCCAUGUGGGGCGGCCCGGAUCCAGACAACGGCCUUGGUGUCCCGCUCCAGUGAACACAUGAAUGCCACGGACCAGCCCUCAGGCCUCAACUGUGCUGACCCUUGUCAAAACCCUGAUUUGCACAGCUGCCGAGACACCCCCUUCCAGAACGUAGAAGACCCAGAUGAGCAGCCGCAAGGCAGAGCAAAGCAUGGCCAAGAGGCGUCAGAUGCCGAGGAGCCCGCCCCGGAGGCCCACGGCAGAGUGUUUAAGACAGAGGUGGCCACGGUGUACGCGCCUGCCCCCGGCGCACAGGCCCCUGAGUUGGCCUUGUCGAACUCCGCAGCAGCCAGCGAGUGGUCCCUGUGUCCAUCGGACGAGGAGCGCAGGAGAGCCGUGCACCUAAAUGGACUGCAGGCCUCUCCCAGCGCCGUGCUGGCCUGCUUGCCCCCCCCACAGUGCCCAUCCCCCGAGUGCGGCGAGCAGCCCCUGCAGGCUCACACCCCCACCGGGGAGGAGAGCCAACCCUGUCAGACGGCUCUUGCUGCACGCGAAGAAUACCAACAAAUUGUGCCUCACACGGAAGUGGUCGACUUGAAGGCCCAGCUGCAGGUGAUGGAGAACUUGAUCAGCUCAAGCCAGGAAACUAUCAAAGUGCUCUUGGGCGUCAUUCAGGAGCUGGAAAAGGGGGAGGCUCACCGGGAAGGGCUCUCCUAUCGGACUGGGCAAGACACAGCUAACUGCGACACAUGCAGGAACAGUGCAUGUAUCAUCUACAGUGUGGAGCUAGAUUUUAAGCAGCAGGAAGACAAACUCCAGCCAGUUCUGAGGAAGCUCCACUCUAUCGAGGAAACUCAGGUCGCACCUUCGCCUUACUCUCAGGAGAUCUGUUCCUCAACUCCCAAGCAAAAAUCCAAACCUGAAUCCAAAAAGCAUGGAAGAUGGAAACUCUGGUUCCUUUGA